AUGGUGGCGGCGGCGGCGCCCUUGGCUUCGAAACCGCAGCAGCUGCACCAGACCUGGUGGAAAAACGGGAGCUGCCCGGCAGGGACCGUCCCGAUCCGGCGAGACUCCAGCCGCGCCAACCCUGAAAUCGCCGAGCUGGUGCGCCGGUCCUCGCCGUUCGGGCGCCCCGGCAGCAGCCGUGCGGGCAGCUACAACCAAUCCGCCAUGGCCGCGCCGCCGGGAGGCAAAGUGGAGGUGGCAGCUGCGUUCGCGACGAACGCGCCGUACCUUGGUGCUCGGGCGCGCUUGCCUUACUGGAAGGUUAACGUGCACCCUGCAGGCGAGUUCUCCAUGAGCUACAUUCUGAUUGGGAACACGCUGGACACCGACUACGUGGCGAUCAAGGGGGCCGACCCGCCGCCACAUCUUACCAACCAGAUUGCGGUUGGUCUUGUGGAUCCUGCCGGGAAUAGGUGGUGGGUUUCGGUGAUGGACCAGGAGAUCGGCUACUACCCUGAAUCCGUAUUCAACACGAGGUUCCCUGACGCCGCGUACGUGGAGAUGGGCGGGCGGGUGCUCGACAGCAGGCCCGGUGGCAAGCACACGACCACGCCGAUGGGGAGCGGCAUGCCGGCGUGCGCAGGCUGGGGCUUCGCGGCCACCAUCAUUCAGUACCUCGGCGUCAGCUCCGACGGGGUCCUCUUCAACGACGAUGCCAGCAAGACCAUUGCAACGACGCUGCUACGGAGUCAAUACUCUGGGCUUGGACAAGUCGAGGGGUGGUUUCGACAUUGUGUAUGGAGGGCCAGGUGGAAUCCACUGUGA